GCUGACGUGCAUGGUCGUGUCAGGAUGAGUUUGUCCCGCAGCAUCUGUCAGUCAGCAAAUGGCAAGUUAAUGACAAAUUCUCAUUCAAGCUGCCGCAAACAAGCGACGACACUGGUUUCAAUCAAAGAUUGCUCAAAGUUAAAGAAGCUGAGUAAGACGCGUGUGCACCAGUUGACGUCCUCUUAAACGGUUAAGCUUCACGGGCCGUGUGUUCAUACCUUAUUUGGGGCUGCCCUGCUGCACAAGAGUUCACACAAUCCAUGUGUCACUGCCUGAGACUUGGGCAAAGAUGAAGAGAGACUGUUGGGUGCCCCGACAAAUUCAAAGACCAGUGGAGGAGGAGAAGUAAACAGAAACGGUUAAGAUAGUUUGAGAUCGGAGGAGGAGAAAAAAAAAAGAAAAAGAAGAAAUCCAGGUGGAAAAGACUAAGAGGAGGAAAAGAAAGAAGAGUGAUGGAAGGAGGUGAGGUUUUGGGGAGGGGGUGGUGAUCUCCUGUAGCCAAUGAAGAACAAGAAAGGAGGAUUUCAGGGAGGGUGGUAUGCUCAGUCACCACCACUCUGCGUUUGAGCGUUCACAGAGGACAGAAGAACUUCACAGAGACGUACCGGCACACUGACAAGUCUCCUCAUUUAGGAGAGUAAUAGAAGAAGAAGAAGAAGAGGAAAUAGGACUCUAGCAAAAACUCAGAGCGGGGCCCGAGGAAAUGCUCUACAUGUGCUUCCAGGUGAAGCUUCUGCUGACAGAAAGUAGGCAUUCACUAGAGUAAAUCAGCGAGGCGUUUGCAGCCCUCUCACCUGUGCGCGCUAGGAGACGGUCGGGCUCUGAGGCUCCUGUCUAAGUGCACGCUGUUGGCUUCCAGACAGACACUAGCCCUCCUCUUCCUGCAUCAAUUAUUUCUAUGCAUGAGGUUUCCUGUGCGACCGGUACAGUCAGGCGCUGUGAAGGAGCAGGAAUCACGAGGACAGAGGCGAAGCGAUUGCAUCGGAGUUGGGGAUCGAAGGUCGUGACAGCAGAGGUGAACAGUCUGAAGGGGUUUUUUUGUUUGGCGUUGGGGAGAAUGAAGGCGCUACAGAAGAAUCAAGGACGCACCGACCAGAUGUUGGGAGCCAUGGCUGACGUUCUUACCUCCGUGGCCAUGCCCAAUCAGCAGUGGCUCUCGGAGGGGGGUGAGGCAGACCUCCCAUCAAGCGAAGAGGAAAAGGGGCCUGUCCAGGGCCAGUGGGAGCCAGAGGGGCUGGACUGGGAGCAGCAGGCCGCUACUACGGAAAACCCAGAGCGGAGAGAAGGAACAGACUCGUACUCGGCAGCGGGCAGUGAGGGCAGCAUCUCCACCUCCGUGGCGUCGCUGCCCCCGCAGGCAUCAGGAAGCUCGGCCCCGAGCUCCCCCGGGUCCAGGCGCUCCGUGAGCACCCUGAAGAAGUGGCUCACGAACCCCGUCCGCAAGCUCAGCGCCGGAUCCGCUGCCAAAGGAGAGCGCCAGGUCCGCAAGCUCGAGGGAAAGCCUCCGCCUCCCCCAUCUCACAGCCACAGCCAAGAUCUGGGGAGCCCCCCGAGGCCGGACGAGACUUUCACCAUCUUGCCUGUCACCCACAGAGAACUGGAGUGGAAAGAUGGCCUCGCGAGCCCCGAGGACCUGUCACCAGCUACGCUACAGUCGCCCAGCUACAUAACCGACUCUCUGAUUGGCUGCACGUCACUGCCAAACAUCCAGGACACUCAGUCCGCCAGCGUUCAGCAAGAAGACAGUGAGUCCGUCUUGAUGGACGACACCUCCAGCCAAUGGUCGUCUGCGGCCGACACCGAGGAGGAGAGGAGGAGUGCCUUAGAGAAAAGCAUGUACGUACUGAAGGAGCUUAUUGAGACAGAGAAGCAUUAUGUGACAGACCUGGGGCUCAUAGUGGAGGGCUACAUGGCUACAAUGAGCUCCAAAGGUGUACCGGAGGACAUGAAGGGAAAAGACAAGAUUGUUUUUGGGAACAUUCACCAAAUAUUUGACUGGCAUAAAGACUACUUCCUGGGAGAGCUGGAGAAGUGUUUGGCUGAGCCAGAGAGGCUGGCUCAGCUCUUCAUUAAACAUGAGAGGCGUCUGCACAUGUAUGUUGUGUACUGUCAGAACAAGCCCAAGUCGGAGCACAUCGUCUCAGAGUAUAUUGAGACUUACUUUGAGGAGCUCCGGCAGCAGCUGGGCCACAGGCUGCAGCUCAAUGACCUGCUCAUCAAACCCGUCCAGCGGAUCAUGAAGUACCAGCUCUUGCUCAAGGACUUUCUGAAGUAUUACACCAAAGCCGGGAUGGACACGGAGGAGUUGGAGAAAGCAGUAGAAGUGAUGUGCUUUGUGCCAAAACGUUGCAAUGACAUGAUGAAUGUGGGCAGGCUGCAAGGCUUCGAGGGGAAAAUCACGGCCCAGGGCAAACUUCUCCAGCAAGACACCUUCACUGUCACCGAGCAGGACAGCGGCUUCCUGUCCCGGACCAAGGAGAGACGGGUCUUCCUGUUUGAGCAGCUGGUCAUCUUUAGCGAGCCCAUCGACAGGAAGAAAGGCUUCUCGCUCCCCGGAUACACCUUUAAAAACAGCAUCAAGGUGAGCUGCCUGGGGGUGGAGCCCACUGUGGAGGGUGAUGACGCGCGCUUCGUGCUGACCUCACGCAACCCCGACGGGAGCGUGGUGCGCUUCCAGCUGCAGGCGUCCUCCCCUGACAUCUGCAGGGCCUGGGUCAACGACGUUGUCCAGAUCUUGGAGAGCCAGCGCAACUUCCUCAACGCCUUACAGUCGCCCAUUGAGUACCAGCGGCGAGAGAGCAAGUCUAAUAGCCUGGGCCGCAGCAUGAGGCCUCCUCUGUCUGCCGCCAGCGCCCUGCGGCCCCACUCCUCUGCCUCUAUUGACCGUCAUAAGCUGCCCUCCCUUCACUCCCACAACACCUCCCUGCCCACGCUCUACCUGCCGAGCCAAGGCCUGACCCAAGGACCCAUCGAGACCUGCUCGCUGAGGGAUCCCGCUGUGGUCCACCCGUGCCCUGCUGACUCCCACGCUGUUUCUCCAUCACAUGUCCAGCUAGGCUUCACCAAUCAGCCAAACUGUCAAGCAGUGUCAAACGGGCUGUACACCCCAGCCACGCAGAGCGCACAGAGAGCAGGAGAGGGCUGCCGCAGGGGUCAGGUCGCCGAUGCCGCGAGCCAGGCUCCGCUGUCGGGUCCCUCAGCUGGACGACGUCCCAGCAACCUGGCCCAGCUAGCAGAGGACGAGCUUUGAACCUCGAUACUGUGAGUCUCCUGGGUCAGGAGGACAGCUGCAGCAGCUGUUAAGACUUGUCUGCUGUUUGUUUAUGCCAGGCUGGACCCUCACCUGGUUCAGUCAUGACGGAACCUAAAGGAAUAUAUGAAGGAAUUAUGGGCUGCGAAUACUAUAAAUACUUCUUCGCUCCUUUUUAGAGAGCCAUUUAAAGGGUGGUGGCUUUGCCUCGAUUGCCUUCAGUGUACACGGACGGCACCCAGCGGGACGCGGCUGGGCUCAGAGUUACAAAACACUCACUGUUAUGUCAAUUUCUGCUUUUUACCUUUUUCGAGAGUUUGUAUUCCGCGCCAUUCUCUCUUUCAAAGGGCAAGGGGAAUUUGUUUGACGAUUCCAUUCCUAAUUGGGGCAGUCACUGGAGUUACGCGUGUGCCUGAAUGUGUGUUUAUGAAAUGAUGCGAGGAUGCGUCUGCGUGCAUGCGAGCGUGCAAGGAGUGGUGGUAGCUCUUCUCGUACGCUCUGGUAAAUUGAUAAUUAGAUUUUUUUUUUUUUUCUAUCUGGUGCCCCCUUUGUGAAGACAAAUACAGCUACGUUAGUAUGUUUUUUUUUUUAUUAUUAUUAUUUUUGUCCUCAUUUCCAUUCUGCGAGCUGAGAUCGCUGUUUAUGACACAAGAAGAACGGGAAAGGCGAAAAACACUUGAUGUGAAUAUGCCACGAGGACUUUACUGACUCACAUUUCGUCUGAAAGUGAAGAACUUUCUGUUUUGCCUGGGUGUUGAGAGCCCCAUGUGUGCUCUGCUAUUCUGUUUGACAGGCCUCCUUUUGAUCUGGACAAAAAGGCAUGAGGGAGCCCUCUGGAGGUUCUCUGUGGGUAUGACGUCACUUCAGAAUACUUUGUUCUCUUUGGGCAACUCCAUAGGAGUUGCAAGUAAGAUGCAUCCAAAGGGCCUGCUGUGCUGACCCAAAGUGCUGCAUGCAACAUCUCUUUUUGUGACCAACUGGCAUAAUAUUUCUUUACGUUGAUCUUUCUUUCCAGGCCGAAGUGAUUGGUUUAAACUGAUAUUAAUUGUUUUGCUAGUCCACCAUUGUCAUGUCAAGGCUGCACCAUUUCUAUAAUCUCUGUUAGCUUUUGCUGCCAUGGACUAAAUACUGUACAGCGCAUACCACAAAGACAAUCAUUUCCGCUUGUAAGAUGAAGAAGGACCGAGGUGUGCAGAGAGAUGUUCCGAAUGGUUAAAAUGCAGGUUAUCGUAUGUUGCCGGAUGAACAGAGUGAAGCUCACGAAAUCUGCAUGCUCCCUCUUCCUCAACAGUGCCAAAAACAACAGCCGCCCGCCAGUCAAAUGUUUCAUGCUUUUACUCUAUAGUUCAGCUUGCCAUUGCUCUUUACAAGUCAAUCAUAGAUAUUUGUGUUUCUAUCUGCAUCGUAAAAAGCCUGAAAGUGACAGGAAGCGGAGAGUGGAGGAGGUGAAGGGGACUGUCCUCUGUGGUCUUUUUUUUUUUUUUUUUUAUGUUUGUGGCCAGUAGAGGUCCCCACAAGGCUUUCACUUCCAGAUUAGUUGGCUCAUACAGCUGCACCAAAGAUCGAUAGGCCUCAUAUUUUAUCGCUUAGUUCAGUCCAAGAAGACAACACCGGAAAAUUACUUACAGUGAAGCCGAAAAGAUGGUUGAGCUGAACCAUCUAUCGGUAUCCACCUGCAGUUAAUGUGAACUGUUCGCGGGGAGUUACAGAUCAGGCAGUUUUGCAUGAAACACAAAGGAAUACCACUAUAAAGAACCCACAACAAGGACAUAAAACCAAGGGAGGGUUGGUUAAUGCCAUGUUUGAUCGAGUAGAAACAGUUGUAUCAUAUCAAAUAAAAGUGUCAUUUUGAAAACGA